AUGUCCGCCAGAGCAUCCACCAGCUCGAGCACAUCCCAACCCGCUGCCUCGGAUCAACUGCAAGCUCAUGUUGGUUCUCAACAGCUUCAACCUCCACCGCCAAUCCCCCAAAUGCCACCAUCUCAAUCUUCCGAAUCAGACCGCGCGGCUCCUCCCGAUUCCUCUGCCCAGAAGCAGGUCCGCAAGGCGAAGAGUUGGUAUGGCCCUUGGCCCAAAACACCAAAGAAAUCCACCGCGUCGACUUCGGUUGCACGUGAAAAUAUAUUAGGCGGAACCGUCCGCUCCACAGCCGCCCCAGAUCUAAGCCGAUUUGAUUCUUCGAAAAAGAAUGGUGCCGAAACGGACAGCGUUCGAAGCAGUUCACGAUCUGUUUCUCUAUCCAAAGUCCCCGAAGACGGAAUGCCAGCCGUCCUUGAAUCUACCGAUAAGACCGUCGAUGAUACCACCAAGGAUAACGAAUCUACUAAGGAACCCCCGCCAUCUCAACCUCCCAUAGACAGCAAGACUACGAAAGACGCAAGGGAUACUAAACAGGACGAAAAUAUAAAUCCUCAACAACAAGACGCCUCAAACUCUACAACACCUGUACCAGCAGUUGCACCUCCUACUGGGUGGCUCGGCUGGUUGUCCAAGGCUCCAACCACGGAGCACCACGCCGUUACAGCAACAUCUACUACGACGCAAGCAGCUGACGCUGACAAAACCAAUAAACCACCGAUAGACAAUAGACCUAAUACCCCUCCAGAACAAACUGCGCCGCCAGAUUUCGUUCCCAGAGAGCCUCCGCCAAGUGCACCUCCUGCAUCGUCUACCUGGUUCGGUCUUUGGUCUUCCAACAACGACAAGAUGAAAAAGGCGGAGGCCGAAAAAGAAGAAAAGCAGGAAGAGGCCCAGGUCCAGGCCCCAACGAAACAGCAAGACGAUGUGGUCAUGGAAGAUGCGCCGGCACCUGUGGCUCAAAAUGAGCCUGCACCCAAGGCUGGGUCGACAUGGGCUUUCUGGUCACGGGCCUCGCCCAGUACAUCAAGUAACAAGACUCCCGCGUCGGAUUCGGGCGAAAUGGCCGUAAUCGGUGAAGGAUCAGAAGCGCAUCCGAAGCGCAUGAGUGAAGGCGACGUCUCUGGUACACAAAGCAAGGACACAAAACAAGAUGCACAAGCGAAAGAGGCAGAACCACAGACGAAAUCAACUUGGCGCAGGAAAAAAAGAGUACGACCAGUAUCCAUGGAAGCUCCAACAGAUUCAGAAGCUUCGACUCCUGCGCAGGCUGCAACUCCAGCCGCCGAGGAACCUCAACCACAAGGUCUUCCGCCUCCGCCAAGAGACCAAAAGACUCCAGCACCUUCAACAAAGGCUGAGUCGUCAGCUAAAUCAGUGGCAGAGUCGGAAACCGCUUCAAAGCAACCCCCUAAUCUGUUACUGCCUUCGUUUACCAGCACAUAUCAGAUGAAGGAAAACCCAUCCAUCUUACAGCAAAUUACACAGCUGCUGCUUCGCACCUCUCAACCGCCUGCCAAUCACGUUUUCCGAGUCAAGGAGCCACCCAAGAUUCGCAAAGCAAUAGCCAUUGGCAUUCACGGCCUAUUCCCGGCAACGUAUCUCCGUCCCAUGAUCGGGCAACCUACGGGGACUUCAUUAAGAUUUGCCAACCUCUGUGCAGAAGCUAUUCGGCGGUGGACAGAUGCGCACGGGUCACCAGAUUGUGAGAUUGAAAAGGUGGCACUGGAAGGCGAGGGUAGAAUCAGUGAUCGAGUAGACAACUUGUGGAAGCUGAUGCUUAACUGGAUCGAUCAUAUCCGCAAUGCCGACUUUAUCAUCUUGGCCUGCCAUUCACAAGGCGUUCCCGUAAGCAUCAUGCUUUUGGAGAAGCUCAUAGAUCUUGGCAUCAUCACCAAUGCCAAAAUUGGUGUCUGCGCCAUGGCAGGCGUGGCGCUAGGCCCGUUUCCAGACUACAAGUCCAGUAUUCUCAUGGGAUCAGCGGCUGAGCUCUGGGAGUUUGGAAACCCUCAGAGCAGCAAUUCACAACGAUUUGAGGCCUCCUUGAAGCGGGUACUAGAUUACGGAGCAAGGGUAACGUUUAUCGGCAGCAUUGACGACCAGUUGGUGCCGAUGGAGUCUGCCGUCUAUUCCCCCGCCAGCCACCCAUACAUCUACCGUGCCGUGUUUAUCGACGGCCGCAUCCACGCACCCGACUUUAUCGCACACCUCGUCGGGUUCGCAUUGAAACUACGCAACCUGGGUGUCACAGACCACGGUCUCAUCCGCGAACUAUCCGUCGCCCUCGCAGGAUCUCUCUACUCCGGCGAGGGCCACUCCCGAUUGUACUACGACCAAGCAGUGUACGACUUGGCCAUCUCUCACGCUCUCGAAACCACAUCCACGCCCUCCCCCGUAGCGUGUGAAGUCGGUCCCCGCCAGGGUCUGGCAUCGUCUAAUCCGUACGUACUGCCCUGGAUUAUGCGCGGCAUGCUGGAAGAGGAUUUUGUCAAGACGGAACUGAGCAGCGAGACGGAGGAACUUCUCCGACAAUUUGACGAUUGGAAGCCCUCGAAUAAGGCGUUGAAGGAUGUCAAGUACCGGUUGGAGGCAGUGCGAUCGAAGCUUUAA